ACGGCAGAUGUUCCACUGAUGCCGUGUGCCACGGUUGGUACGGCGCCGUCGUUUCUGUUGACGCGCUGCUGUGGCGCGGCGCGCUCGGGCUUUCAAGUUGUCCGAAGUCAAGGAGGUCCUUGUCCGAAGUCUUCUCGUCUGACUCGUGCGGCGAAGUGACGUAAGGUGGUUUUGUGGUGCUCCGUUGUCCCAUGAUGCCGUCGCGAAGGGGCCCCAUGAUCGACGAUCAACUCAUUCUGCCGGCAAGGCCUCCUGCCGCCAAGCGGUGUCCCGUCUGCAAGGCAUUCGGCUCCGAGCGGAUGCAGCACGCGAGCCAGUGUCCCCUGGAGCCCGUGUACUGCGAGAACAAGUGCGGCGUCAAGGUGUCUCGGCGGCUGCUGCAGGAGCACCGCACGAACGACUGCACCAAGCGGCUCGUGCCGUGCCCCUACUGUCGCAAGGAGUUCGUCUUCGACACGCUCAAGAACCACAUUCCCAAGUGCCCGCGGUACCUGGUACAGUGCCACCAGUGUGAGACGACGAAGAUCCCGCGCGAAGAUCUGGAGCACCACCUGAAGGAGUUCUGCCCCGCCGCGGCUGUGGGUUGCGUUUUUAAGGAUCUGGGAUGCAAGUUCAAGGGUUCACAGUUCGCACUGGACCAACACCUGGACGAGAGCAGCAAGAACCACCUGGGCUUGCUGUGCGGCAUCGUGUCGCGGCAGCAGCAGCAGAUCUCGGCGCUGCGCACCGCGCUGCACGGCCUCGUCGCCAACACGACGGGAACACUUCUCUGGAAGAUCUCGGACUACUCGCACAAGAUGGCCGAGGCCAAGGCCCAAGAGGGCGGCCUCGAGAUCUGCAGCCCGCCGUUCAGCACCAGCCCGUACGGGUACCGGCUCAUGGCCACGCUGUUCCUCAACGGCAACGGGUCGGGCGAGUCGACGCACCUCUCGGUCUACAUCAAGCUGCUGCCGGGCGAGUACGACUCGCUCCUGCCGUGGCCCUUCGCGCACACGGUGUCCUUCGCGCUCCUGGACCAGCCGUCGACGCCCGACAAGGCGUGCCACAUCGUCGAGAGCUUCGUGCCGGACCCGACGUGGAAGAAUUUCCAGCGGCCCAGCCGCGAGCCGGACGCCCUCGGGUUCGGCUUCCCGCGCUUCGUGUCUCACGAGAUGCUCAAGAAGUGCCACUACGUGCGCGACAACGCCAUCUUCAUCAAGGUCACCGUGGACGAGAGCAAAAUCAUUGCCGUGUGAUAGUGGUUGCCAGACUGCGCGGAGGAAAUUAAGACUGUUUUCGCAAAUGUGUUCUGCGGACUCCCGCAAGGUGGUGGAAGGGUUAUGAAAGGGAUAAUUGAUAACGCCCAGAAAGGUGUUGGUUCCGGGUUCGAUCCCCGGACCAAGACUAAUUUUUCUUCAACCAGCAGCUUUCCCUUAUGAGAAAUCCGUGUGGAUUUUCCUGCGGCUUCGUGUUACAAACGGUGGUUUUCAAUUAUCCCUUUCAUAAGACGGUUUUUGGUGCGCCAACGGCUACAUUUUAAGCGCCCAACGGUGGCACCAAAAUGUCGCGGUGAUCCGACGAAUUUUUGUGCAGAAGGCUCAUCCUCCUUUGUUGCCAGGCGCAGUCGGCCACAAAAGUUUAUGGGACGAGAGUCCCCCAACAGUGUAAAUGCCUGUCUGCCUUAAAUUGCGCAGUUAUGAUUCAUUGAUCACUUCUUCGACUGCAAAACUGCCAAGAACAGAAACCUCAAAUUCGAAACCUAGAAGGGUGUCCCAGAAAAUUACGUGGAUGGCUCUUACACGAAGCUGCUAUCUGGUAGCAUUUUGGUACCAGAUGCAUUUGCUCUUCAAAGCUUAAAUAACUUGUUCAGGCCACCCUUAUCUGUCAAUUUUGCCCUGGGUCAACAGGACUGUUAUCUUUUGAGACAGUGCUGCUAAAUCCGGUGUGGAGAGCUGACAAACUUGAGAGCAACUAUAUCUUGAUGCAAAGGUAGCUCGCAAUGAAUUUUUUUGUUAUCGCAAUAUUGUGCUGAACGAACAAUAACUGAUUGCAAUUAGGGUCAUACUGCAGCUACUUUCUAAUGAUGCGAGCCAGUGUACGUCACUCAAACAUCAUGUCACUCUCAGGCCAUUGCAAUUAUGUAUUUUAACAAAACUUUCUUUACAGAAUUUGUUUCAACACACAUAUCAAGUGCAAAUAUGCCCCUUGCAGCCUGCCUCUUCCAAAGCAAUCGUGGAGGCACAAUUACGAAUGACAAAUCAUCGAGUGGUGUAUGCUCGAAACAGGCCAGUCAUGCCUCGCAAGCUACAGUGCCCAUUUUCACAGCGCUGCUUGCAAAAAUAGGUGCACACGGUAUGUUUGAAAUGCUGGGACCAAUACACAAGGGACCUAACAGGCUUGCGACAUUGCUUUGCACAUAAAAACUGUAUAAAUGCACCCAACCUCAGUGCAAUGGUGCUUUUAGGGGGUGAAGGAAAACAUUACACACGCUCAGGAAUGUGCACGAGUAAUAGAAGGCAUUGUAGUGCAAUGCUAACUGCUGCAGCUUUACCUGCUACACAAGACAUCUCAGGAAAACCUUUCGUGGGCAUAUAAAUGCCGCCAUCGAACUUUUCUAGUGGGCUUUGGGAAUUGUUUUAUUUCGAUCAUACCAGUAAUUUUACUACUGCAGUGUACCGCUAUGCUUGCAGCCUUUUUAAGCACAUCUUCCAAUCUAGUAAUGUUUCUCUUUCUAACCCAGUCAAAAUACGGUCACUGAUAGAGCACUUUUCCUCUAGCAAAGUGCAACAGCUAGGCAUUAGAUGCAACGGUGCGCUUGACAGCACUUGCGUCUACAGCUAACUAACAGCACGAGACGUCCUGGUAUUGCAUGUGCCAGUUUUUGUCAAUUAUAAACUGGCUCUUGCUUUUUUUUUUCUCCAUGUUGCUGUCAAGUAACGACAAGCAUUUCUUUUCUUAUAAACAUAAGUAAUGCCUGCCUAGUUAACACCAUUCCCCUACAGUUGCGAGGCCAAAGCUUUUUUUGAACAUUUUUUCCUUCCAUAUAGCUUUAUAUCUGUCGUGCUAAUUUCUGACACGCUUUGUGUAUUUUGUGUAUUUAUGAUAGCGUACAUAUCCCUUAAUAUAAUGCUCAGUGUUUUUUUUUUCCAUACUGUAUAUACAAAGGAAUCUAUACACGUGCAUGCCUUAUAGAUAUGCAUUUGUUUACAACGAAGCUUGUAUGAAAACAUUAUUUGUACACUCCUAGUCACAUGUUGUUCACCAUGCUCAUCCUCAUCGUCUGUAGAUUUGUAGUCAUAUUGAAAGUAUGCACGUGCCUUCAUUGUUCCAGCUUCAAUAAAGACAUUGAAUAUACCGAA